AUGCAGAACAUACUUUUCCGGUUUGCUGAGCGUCACAACCUCACCGUGGCUUUACCAAAGAAUGGUGACUCCCAGUUUGCGUAUCCAAACUUUUUUAAUGUCAAAUCAGUUCAACUGGAGACAACACCCCCCAACAUCAUCACAAACCACAUGCGGUUCAACAAGGAAGAGCUGGACAAGCUGAUGCCUCCGGACACAGUGUACAUCACCACCAUGAGAGAGACAAGUGCCAUGUUUGAAUCCUUGUUCGUCUACUGCUAUGUAUCCUCUGCCAGCAUUCGCAGGGUUCCUAAUGAGUCGAUCGAAGCUUUCUUGGACGAUCCAUUCAAAUAUUAUCGGCCUUUGGAAGCGCAUUCUAUGUAUGUACGAAACUGCGUGACCUAUGACCUGGGCGGGAACAAGGAUAGCACCGAAGUGGACUACGCGCAACAAUUAGCAGCCAAAGUAGAGAAAACAUUUUCACUGGUCAUGAUUUCCGAUUACUUUGAUGAAUCGCUCAUCUUGCUGCGUCACCUCCUCAACUGGGACUUGGAGGAUAUUGUUUACUUCAAAGCCAACAUGAGAUCGGAGAAAGCAAAGAAGACCAUCACACCAGAGCUGUCAGACAAAAUCAGGGCCUGGAAUUACAUCGAUUCUUAUCUUUUCGACCACUUCAACGCUUCCUUAUGGCGUCAGCUCAAGGCCAUAGGGCUGGACUGCGUUGCCAGAGAAGUGCAGUUGUUACGACAAGCUCAGGAAAAACUCUCAAUGACCUGUUUUGGGGAGAAGACAUCGAGACUUAACUCUGCCGCUAAGAUCAAAAACAGGGCUUUGAAGCCAUGGCAGCCAGGAAAUGUGGAAAUAGUUGGUUAUGAACUUUCUCCAGAUCUGAGCGCAGAGAACCAGACACUUUGUACUAAGCUCACCAUGCCAGAACUGCAGUACACAGAUGCACUACGACAAGUCCAGAUUCAAAGAUACAAAAAGGCAAAGGAGAGACAAACCAACAAUUGA